AUGACUGAAGUUGCGAUUAAUGCACCAGAAAACUUUACUGGUGAUGAUGUGCAAAAGAAGUUAUUAGAUGAGAACAUAGAGAAAAUUGAUGGCUACUCUUUUCUCAUGGCUCGUUGUUUAGAUAAUGGCGAUAUUAACGGGGCAAUCAACCAUGCAAUUAGUCUUAUUGAUAUUUUAGCUAUUGAUUCGCUUACUCCUAGAAACUAUUAUUCCUUAUAUCAUCCAGUUUCUACUGCUUUAUUUCAGUUAAAUAAUGCUUUAGGCGACGAAUUAAAAGUUCCUUCAAGAAAAAUCGCCGAAUUAUACGAAACAGUUCAGUACAACGAGAGUGCGCUUGAAAGAUUAUACUUAAUGGUUACUAUCGCGCCUGAAUUAUCAAAAAGAAAAAUUAUUCGAGUCUUGGACGUAUUAGAUGACCUCACUGAUAUGCUUAAACAAGCUCAAGAUCCUAUCAGAGCUCUAUUUUUGAGGCAUUACACGCUCAGUAUCUUUAAACAGGCGCUUCCAGAUUCUAAUGACAUAGAAACUGAGAGAUCACUUGAUUUCCUACUUGGCAACUUUGCGCAAAUGAAUAGAAUGUGGGUUCGCAUUGAAGAUAUCAUGGCUACCGACUCGAGAAGAGAGCAACGCGUAGAAUUAUCAGUUUUAAUUGGUACAAACAUUCAAAGAAUAUCAGCUUUACAUGGUCUUACUAUCAAUAACUACAGUACCAUUAUUUUACCAUUCUUAGCUAAACAUGUUGAAUUAUGCGAAGAUUCCUUAGGCCAAGAAUUCAUUUUACAAUCGAUCAUACAAGCAUUUCCCGAAGAGUACCAUGUUGCUACCAUUGACGACCUCUUUUCCAUGUUUGGGAAGGUAGAACAAGGAGUUCGCAUCUUAUUGAUUGUCAACCAGCUUCUCGAGCGCUUCCUUAACUACCUCGGCCAUCUUGUUGACCAAGAGAAAGCCAGCAACAUCUUUGUCGUCAUCGCAAAGAACAUCGAAGAGCUGUUCAAUUCAGAAGGCCACUUAGCACUUGUUGACAAGUUCGAAACCCUUCAGAAGCUGCUCAAAUUCGCUCUGAAGGUCGAUCCGACAGACGUGCGCAACGUCAAAGCCCUUCUUAAGUUCACAGACUUCCACAUCGACCUCGCAAUCGGAGACGAAGUUCUCACCUCUCCAGAGGCAUCUUUCAAACUUCGCGAUUUCCUCACUGAGCCUCUCACAAUCUUCGAGAGCGCCUCCUCCCUCUUUUCGCUUGAGUUCCUGCCGACACUCAUCUCCAGGCUGAUGCCGCCGGACAGGAUCUCCAUCGCGGGCCUCGUCUGCGACCUGUUCCUGAAGAGCGGGACGAAGAUCGCCAGCAUGGAGCAGCUGAAGUUCGUCCUCUCGAUGACGGCGACACUCGUGCGCGACUCCAGCGGCGCGUCGUGCUUCUUCGCGCUGUUCCACCUCAUCGACGCAGAUUCUGUCAUGGACACGAUGAUGAUGAUUCAGGAACUCGCCAACGCGAUGGACGACGCGACUGAGAAGGCCGCGCAGAGGGCCGUUCUCCCGAUCGGAUUCGUCGCUCUGAAGCAGAUAGAGAUGACUGAGGACGACGACGAGAGGAAGAAGCUGCUGAAGUUCAUCAAUGCGUACGCGAAAAACAACGUGGAAGAGAAUGCACUCGGUCCUUUCUAUUUGUUUGUGGAGGCGGCAAAGGAGGUGGACUCAGUAAAACUCGGUUUGUACGCAAAUGAGUUUAUGAAUUCUGCAAUUGAAAUAUGGCAAAAAAUGCCAGAAAACAGGCAGAAGCAGCAGGCACUGACUUACUUGAUAAACUUCGUCUGCUCCAGUACGUGCAUUGACCUGGAUGUCAACUCUGUUUUGUGCAAUGCUGUUGGAAACAUUCAGGACACAAUAAAGGCAAUAACAAGCGUUUGCAAUUGCGCAAAUUUGUUCUGGAGAAAAGAUCAGAAAAUUAACGAUGUCGAAAAGGUCCAAGCAUGUCUCGCUAAGGCAUCGAGAUUGGCAGCAACAGCUACUGACCAGACAACGAUGCUGAAAGGUUUCUACACAGUGCUGAGUUGGACGGCGUAUUUCCAGGAAGUUGGAUGCAAAUUGAACGAAACAUGGAUCAACGCUUUAGUGCAGUUGAUCAAUGAAAAACACGAAGUGAUUGUGUCGAAGGGACUGAAGAUUGAGUCUGUUGUACCAUUGGAUGUGAAGAAGUUCUACGUCAAUACAGUUAAGUACAUCAAAGACCAACAUUUGUUCCCAAAUGAAAACGGCACUUCUUAA